AUGUCUCAGUUGGACUCAGGCAUCGGCCGUGGGUGUUCCUACUCAACUGCUUAUCUGCUGCUGGAGAAAGCUGCUGCAGGUGCUGGAGAUGUGGCCCUGAUUUUUGGCGCUAGAGGAGCGGUCGGAAAGGCUGCAGUAGAACUUACGAAUGCCAAAGGGCUCAGGAUCAUUACUACAUCGAGGAUAGAUGGUGCUCAUGUAAAUAUUACAUCGGAUGAGAAUUUGAAGAGCGUGUUGGAUUCGAACAAUGGGAGAGAACCUAGUAUUAUUCUUGACUGUGCAGGAUCAUCAGUAUUGAUGGAGAAGGGUUUUGCUAUAUUGGAAAAGUCUGGACGAUAUGUUUUCGUAUCUGGCAUGAGAGGAGGUGGACCAGAAGUAAAAAUCGACGUCAUGAAGAUGCUUGUAAUGGAUCAAAGCUUGCAUGGAGUCAAUAGUUGGAGCGUUACCUUAGCUAGGACAAAGGAUAUCAUGGAUAAUUUAGGGGAAAUGUUCGAAGAUGGAGAGAUCAAAGGUCCCGAAGAAGAGUCUCUAACCAAAAUCAAACUUACAGAUGCGAUUAACGCAUACCAGGAGGUUGCAAAAUUCGAUGGAAAGAAAUUCUCUAGUGUUGGCGUAUAUAGUAAAUCUGGGAUGCAAUUAUUUCCAGAAUUUUGA